UUGUAGUUCUUCUCGGCGCAAGGCACGGCCCGGCCCGGUGGGGAGGGGCCGCCGGCGGGGCGGUGGACUCCGUUUCCCAGAGUGCCCGCAGGGGGUGGCAUGGCGGAGAAGGAUGACACCGGAGUUUGACGAAGAAGUGGUGUUUGAGAAUUCCCCACUCUACCAAUAUCUACAGGAUUUGGGACACACAGAUUUUGAAGUAUGUUCAUCGGUAUCACAGAAAGCAGAACAAUGUGCAGCAGCAGAAAGCCAAAGAGAGAGGACUGUGCACGCUGCCCAGAAACAAGGCAUCCUGUCAAAACUAGUUGAGUUCUUUAGAAGUUGGUUUCCUCUUCCACAGUACAAGAAAAGUGAUGACCUACUUCACAGACUGGAUGUUGGAUUUCGAUUUGACACACUCCGUACCAUCCUGCAACAGGAAGUUCUGCUCCAGGAGGAUGUGGAACUGAUUGAGUUCCUUGACCCCAGUAUCCUGUCUGCAGGGCAGUGCAAGCAACAGGAAAACCCACAGCUUCCAACGCUACGCUCCCUGGCAACUCCUAAUAUUUGGGAUGUGUCCCUGUUGCUUGCCUUUGUGAGUGCCCUGCUUGUGCUUCCUUCGUGGUGGAAGGAAUCCUGGUGGCUGCCGUGGGGACUGGUUCUGCUCGGCUAUGCAGCCUUUCGGGUGUGGGGCACAUGGAGGACAGCCAAGCUGCAAAUGUCCCUGCGAAAAUACUGUAUCCAGCUGGAAGAAACAGUGGCAAAUAGCCGAGCUUUUACUAACCUGGUGAGGAAAGCUCUACGACUCAUUCAAGAGACUGAAGUAAUUUCCAGAGGAUUUACCCUUUUGCUUGACAGGGUCAGUGCUGCUUGCCCACUUACUAAAGCUGGACAGCAUCCUAGUCAGCAGCUGAUCGGGCUCCGGAAAGCCGUCUAUCGAUCGGUCAGAGCCAACUUCCGAGCUUCAAGACUGGCUACUCUGUACAUGCUGAAAAACUACCCUCUGAACUCUGAGAGUGACAAUGUGACCAGCUACAUCUGUGUAGUCCCCUUCAAGGAGCUGGGUCUGGGGCUGAGUGAAGAGCAGGUCUCUGAGGAGGAGGCACACAACCUCACCGAUGGCUUCAGCUUGCCUGCACUCAAGGUCCUCUUUCAGCUCUGGGUAGGGCAGAGUUCAGAAUUCUUCAGGAGGCUGGUGCUGCUCCUCUCCCCAGCCAACGCAUCUCCCGAGCCCUUGCUCUGCCCCGAGCGGCUGCCUCAUCACAUCCUCUCGGAUGUGACUCAGGGCCUACCUCACACACACGCUGCCUGCCUGGAGGAGCUGAAGCGCAGCUAUGAGUUCUAUCGCUACUUUGAGACUCAGCACCAGUCCUCGGGGUUUGAACGCUCGGCCAGAGCAAAGCAGAAGCCCACAGAGCUGAACAGUCUGCAGACGGCGGUGCGCAGCUUGCAGCUUCAUCUCAAGGCACUGCUCAAUGAGGUAAUAAUUCUUGAGGAUGAACUUGAAAAACUUGUAAAUACUAAGGAGACACCUGAGCUGACAACAGAAGCCCAACAGGUUCUGGAACAAAAACUAAAGUUUCUUCAGCCUCAUAUCCAGGCAAGCAACAGCUGCUGGGAAGAAGCCAUUUCUCAGGUGGAAAAAAUGAGUGGAAGAAACCCAAAUAAAAAAGGCAAACUGGAAAUGUCCCGUGACAACCCACAGCAUACUACGGUACCUUUAACACGGCCUGCCAUAUACAUAGAAAACAAAGAUCCAAUCCCUGAAGAGCAGGAACUGGAAGCAUACGUUGAUUAUUCAGAUACAGAGAAUGAAUACAAAGGGGAAGAUUUUUACUGCUUUUCCCAGGAAGAAAGAGAGAGACAAGAACGAGAGAGACAGGAAUCUAAGAGGGUGUUACAAGAACUGAAAUCUGUACUGGGCUGUAAAGCUUCAGAAAUAGAAAGACAGAAAUGGAAACAGCUACUAUUCAGCGACCAUGCUGCAGUGAAACCAUUGUCUCCUGUAGAACCACUGAAGCUACUAAAUAAUUUGGAAUCCCAUAUGAAUUCAGAUACAGAAAUGCAGGACUGCAGCCAAAGCUGUGAUAAAUCUGAAGAAGACGACUCCUGUUCAAAAGUGAAUGCUGCUGAUAAAAGCAGGACAGAAUAUUUGUGUGAAGAUCCCAAGAUGGAGAAAAACAAAGACAGUACUGCUGAUGAAAGUAUUUCUACUGGGGCUGAAGAAGGAAUGUGUUAUCAGCAUGAAGAGGAAGUUGAAGAACUCAAGCCGAGCAGUAUGGAUGGAGUAGAGGUCUCACAGUUUCAAUCUAAGGAUGCAUUAUAUUCAAAAAUCAAGCAGAGGCUGGCCCAGCUCCACAGAUCAGCAGAUUUAAACUUCACAUCUGGUCUGGCUGCACAAGUUGCUGCCAAGUCUUUCACAUUUACUACAAUGCAAGAAGAGACUUUUGGAGAUGAGGAGGAGGCAGAAGAGAAGACACAGGAGCAUGAAGACCUUGUGGAGGACUGUGAGAAUGAAGAUAGAGGCUCUGAAAGUGAAGAGAAAGUGUAAGUCUGAGCUGAACUUUGUAAAACCAACAGCAGACAUUUUGAUGGAAAAAACUGAUGUGGGGGGUUCAAGAUGAAAGUAGCGUAUGGAAAAAAAGGAGACCUAAAUAGAAUACAUCUUUUUCUCUCAGUCUAAUACACAAAAUAGGAUCUCUAUUAAGUUGAGUAAAAAUUUGCAGGUAAGAGAAGUUUAGGUUGCAUCCAUUAAAUUGUUGGCUGUUGCCUUUUUAAGAUCCUAGUGGUGGGUUUUUGAAUUUACCUUUGUGUUUUCUGUUUUAUUUAUUUGUAUUAUAAAGUACUCUGUUCUUUUUCUAAAAAGAAGGAAAAACAAUGUACUGAAUUAAAACAGACUCCAGUUUUUGCUUUUUGAUUCUGUUGUCAUGGUAUCAAUGCUAGUUCCAGCAGAAGAACCAGGACACUUCUUUUGGAAGAGCCUGAAGUGUUCCCUGUGAUCCCCCACCAGUUCCAUUUCACUUCCUGAGUCUGCAGUGUGUUGGCUAAGCCACCGUAGGCAUCGUGAUUCUGUGGCUAGUGAUGUGGCUCCCAACUAAAACGUAGAAUUUUAAAUAAAAACUUGAAAGAGCUAGUAUUUGAUGUGUCCUGGGGUAUAGGGCUGAAAUAGUACAGAGUUAGUCAUGCUUCAUAUUAAGGUUUAUUUAGAAUUUUAUAAAGGGUUAAUAAAUGAUUUCUAGAUGUUGUAAUUCACAUUAGAGAAAUGUGUAGUGUAUGUUAGGGAGGGUUAUAAGCACAUUAGUAGAAAGUACUAUAGACAGCUAAAAGCUAUCUGUUGGUUUGAUAAUAGAUGGAAGUAAAUACCUAUUUAUUAAAACAACUAUUAAUUAUUUGUUAACCUUUUGUAAAUUAAACCUUAAUAU